ACUUAAAAUUGACUGUCGAUACUUUUACUGUCAAUUAGUUUAAUAUUUUGAAUUGAAAUGGUGAUUUUGAACUUGAAUGAAUUCUGAGGUUGAAAGUCAGAAAAAAAUUCACGGGCCAUCUAACCGCUACAUUUAGCAUCAAAACUAACUAAGUGCCAAGUUUUUUCUGUCCAAUACGGGUGCCAGAACGAAGUGGGCUUCUCGUACAUUUCCUCGUCUUCGGUGAUCAGAUACCUCUCAUAUUCAAGGGCUGUUUGGGUACACUGUGACAGUAUAAUGGCGGAUGACGUUAGAAGAGGCGGAGAAGAUGAAGACCGUGGCCCAGGUGCUUCAUAUCAAGUAUUUGAAGUGAUGUCAGAUUUGCUGGAUAAGCUGAAAUUGUUAAAUUUUGAGGAAAAUUUCAUGAGGCCAAACAACAUGAAACCUCUAACAAGACAUUAUUUUGCGGUCCCUACAAAUCCUGGUGAACAGUUUCAUGCAUUCACUUCAAUUUCUGCCUGGCUUCUUAACAUCAUUGGUCGUCCAUUUGACAUGCCACAAGAAUUUGAUGAUCCCAAUGCUACUAUAUCAAGUAUAUUGGAAGAAGUAAAACGAAUGGGAGUCGCGAUUGAUUUUCCACCAUCCAAGUUGAAGCAAGGAUGUGGAGAAUAUGUUUGUUAUAUCCUUGAUCGUUUGACUGAAGAAGCAUUGAGGUCAAGUAAUUUCCAGUGGGGAAGCCCAUCUUACCCAGAGGAAGCUCAGGAAGAAGAAGUUAUACAAGAAGAGGAUGCUGCUGAAUUGAAAUUGGAUAAACUAGAAGAUGAAAUGGCUACAAUGGGUGGUGAUGAUGCAUCAGAUGAAGAAGAAGACACGCACUUUAUGGACUUAAAAGUUGCCAACAAGAAUGAUAACAAACAAGUGGAUAUCUUACAAUCUACCACAAAUGCAGAUGAGUGGAAACUGGAAGUGGAAAGGGUUACACCUUCUUUAAAAGUAACAAUCAGAACAGACAACAAGGAUUGGAGAACUCACGUUGAUCAAAUGCAUCAUCAUAAAGUUGGGAUUGAAUCAUCUUUAAUAGAGACAAAGUCUCAUCUUGACAAGCUUCACGAUGAAAUUGGAAGAACACUCGAAAAAAUUUCAAGCCGUGAAAAAUAUAUUAACAAUCAACUGGAACAUUUAGUCCAACAAUACAGGACCGCACAGGAUCAACUUGCUCAGACGAAAGAGAAAUACAGACAAGGGAGUGGAGGAGUGACUCAACAUUCCAGAACAUUAGCGGAAGUUACAGAGGAGUUGGAAAAAGUUAAACAUGAGAUGGAAGAUAGAGGAAGCAGCAUGACCGAUGGAGCUCCACUUGUCCGUAUCAAGCAAUCACUCAAUAGAUUGAAAACGGAAUCUACACAAAUGGAUAUAAGAAUCGGAGUAAUUGAACAUAUUUUAAUGCAGGCUCGGAUGAGAGACAAAACUAUAAUGCACAGCAACAUGAAUCAACCAGAUGGUUCUGCAGAGUAUAAUUCAUUCGGAAAAAUGUAUUAAAUGCUGCUACAACAUUGUAUAUUAUUAUUUAUUUCAUUGCAUGAUUUAUUUUUCUAGAAAUAAGUAAUAAAAGUGUAUUUAACAGUACUGUGUAAAAGUGCAAUAAUCGAAAUAAGCUUCAAUAUGAGACAGGACAAGUUAAUUACUCUUGGGUGUCAGGUAAAAAAAGUCCAUAGAAAAUCCUAGGGCCAAGGCACUUCUGUAAUAUUCAGUCUCGUUAACUAUAAAUAACAUGUUGUUGCUGAGUGUAGUGAAAGUCUGUAACAAACAAAUAUUGUAGUACCGUAUAACAUAUUGCAACAGAAAUAGAAAACAUACUAUGCUACUUGCAACUAU